CCUAGAUUGUCGCUCAUCAAGCCCUGAAUCCUAUCCAGCUCGCUUCUAUCCCAUCUGCUUUGCCUCGUCCAGCUUCGGUUUCUAGAAACAAUCCUUCAGCCUUACCGGGAUUGUUGAGCGGUCUAGAUUCGGCUAUCGAUUGCGGCUUCUGACGUCAGGCCUCAGGCAACCCAGCCAAUACUUUUCUCCGCAAUGGCGCUUUUAUUCCUGAAGCAAAGACUCUUUCCUAGCGAAAAGCAAAAACAGGCUAUUCCUUAUGGAAAACCACUACUCUCCAAUGACGAUACCGAUACCCUCCCGGGCGAUCAGGACCUCGAAGCUCAACGAUCCUACGAUACAUUCCGCUCUGCCUCUCCCGUUUCCGACUCCGACAGCACCACCGCCAGCACCAGCAGUUCGCGAUCGCGCAUCAACCCGCGUAUUGUUUCCGAUGCCAUUCUCGGCCUAUCGGAUGGCUUGACGGUGCCGUUCGCGCUGAGCGCUGGUCUCUCAGCGCUGGGAAACACCAAGGUCGUCGUGCUGGGAGGAUUGGCCGAAUUGACAGCGGGUGCCAUCUCCAUGGGUCUGGGAGGAUAUGUCGGCGCGAAGAGUGAAGCAGAAUCCUACGAAACCACCGUCCGCGAAGCAAAAGAACUCAUCCACACCUCACCAUCCGAAACAAGCGCCAUCGUCCAAUCCAUCUUCGCCUCCUACCGUCUCCCCGAAGACACCAUCGCUCAGAUCAACACCUCCCUCCACGCUUCCGAAGACCACCUCCUCGACUUCCUGGUCAGCUUUCACCACAAGGAAUCCCAGCCCGAUUGCAACCAGGCAUGGAUCUCUGCCAUUACACUCGCACUGGGCUACUUCGUGGGCGGCUUCAUCCCGCUCAUCCCGUACUUCAUCGUGGACCAAGUGAUUGUGGCAUUGUACAUGAGCAUCGGAGUCAUGGCGAUCACGCUGCUCGCCUUCGGAUACAUCAAGACGUGUGUGGUGCGCGGCUGGACUGGGCGCGACAACAUCGUCGCGGGCAUCAAGGGAGGCGUGCAGAUGUGUUUUGUGGGCGGAGUGGCUGCGGGGGCAGCCAUUGCUCUGGUCCGGUUGAUUGACGCAUAACCUCCUCCCUCCAUCGACAUAUCACCCACUACCCACCCACCACCUACCUGCGCCUAAUCAUCUCCACACCAAAAGUUCCCCAUUAUGCCCUUAACGACUACUACUGUACCAUAGAUACCACUAUAGAGCGGCUUUUUCAUUCCACUUCAUUCAAUUCAAAUCUAAUUCUCUCU